AUGACUCUGUGCUUUCAUUCACAGGAGGAAACCGAGUGUCCUUCAUCUCUCUCUGUUAUCAAAGAGAGGACAGCAGGGGAAACUCUAGAGGAUGAUUUCUUCCCACCUGAUGAUCUGUCUUCUGAUGAAGAAUAUUAUAUCGAAGAAAGCAAAGCAACCCAGUUCAAGAAAUCAGGCAUGAGGCGUAUAGAUGACAUCAAAAAGGCAUUUUCAAGGGAAAAUAUCCAAAAGACGAGACAAAAUUUUGGCAAGAAGGUAAACAGGCUUCGAACUAGAAUAGUGACCCCUGAGAGGAGAGAGAGGAUCAGGCAGUCAGGAGAGAGACUGAAACAAUCUGGGAUAAGGAUCAAGAAGACCAUUUCACAAGCUGCCCCAACGAAGGAGACGUUCAAGAUCCAUAAAAAAAAUAAAGAACGAACAGGAGCCGAAGGUCAGGAGGGGAUCCAGGAAGCCGGUGUGCACAUCACCUCUGAGCUCGCAGCAGCAGAGCCCUUCACUGAAGAAAUCUCUUACACAGAAGUGAUCACUAAGGUAAAGAAAGACAAGAAUAGUGCAACAAAAGGUGCUUCCCAGUCUACUGAAAAAGGAGUGACAAUCCCAGAAGUUGUUCUUAAGCAGGAAGGAAAAGAAGGAGGAGGAAGUGAUGAUGUCCCUUUGCUAGACUUAAAGCAAUCGGCAUAA